AUGGACUAAAUAUCAGACGAAGCAAUGAAUGCUAUGCCUAAAAAACCAUAAAAUGCUUAUAUGCAAUUCAGGGCAGACAAUUAUGAUGAUCUUAAGAAAAAGAACUAAGAAAAAAGUAUGACUGAAUUGACUUCAAUGAUAUCAUCUAUGUGGGGUGAAUUGGAUGAAAAGAAGAAAGAAGUAUAAUAUCUUUAUUAGAACCUUUUUAUUAGAAAUACAACAAAGAUUAUGACAAGGCUUUAGAAUAAUAUAAGACUGAUUAUGCUGGGUGGUUGAAGAAGUUCAAAUUAGAUGAAGACAAAGUUAAAAAGUGUCUUAAAGAAAACAAAUAAGCUAAAAAAAAGAAUAAGAAGGGUUCUAAGAAAGUAACAAAGGCAUCAAAGAAUGAAGAAGAAAGUGAUGAUGAAGAUGAACAAAAAAUUUAGUCAUUGAAAAAUAAGAACUAGAAGAAGUAAUAAGAAUAGAAGGAUGCAAAUGGACAAAAAAAUACUUAAGACUAAUAGAAACAUAAAGUUAACCCAUAACAGAAAGAGAAAGAUAAAGAGAAGGAGAAAAAGGAUAACAAAAAAAAGUGA